AAUGUCUUUCAUUCAACAACAACAACAACAACAAUAAUAACUAAAACAACAACAACAACAACACAUAAUUAUGAGUUUUAAACAAUAUAAAUAUUGUUCCAUGUGUAAAUUAAAUAAUAAUUUAGGGAAGAAACAUGUUUACUCUAAACGACAUCAGAUUGUUUUGAACAACAUACUGCAAAAAUUUGAAACAAAGAUUGUUCAUGCUAAAUCCACGCUAUUCAGUCCGGACGUCCAAGAUGCAGGAUUUGAAUCUGGUGCCAAGUUUUGGUGUUACUUCUGUCAGAUAGAGGCGAGCAAGCAUGUGGUUUCAGAGGACUGUACAGUGCUGGGCUCAGGAUUGCUGCAUCACAUCAGCAGUGAUGAGCACAGAGCCAGUAUGGACCAGUUCUUUUGGGACAAUCUAGUGAAGAAAGAGCGCAGGCCAAAGUUUAUUCUGACACCAGCAGAUUUGACCAUAUUUGAAAAAUCUUCAUUCCUUGCUGUGAAGAAAUAUCAAAAGGCCAAAACAGAAGAGAUAAAACAGUUGGCUGCUACUCUUUCUGCCUCUGAACAUCUAAGAUGUCAACGACUUACAGAGUCAAUGCAGGCUGAGCAGGGUACCAGCAAUGUGAACCAGUCACACUUUGCAACCUCUGUGGGGAACCAAUCAGCAUGGGAUUCCAGCCAAUCAGUGACCCAGAAACCAAAGCGCACCAUCAUGGCGCAUGCAGAAGGUCUAGCCUGUGUGUCCCAGGCUGGGCCCCCAGGGGAGGGGAAUGUGCACUCUGGAGCCCUGCCCCCCUGGCUGCAGACAGAGUCUGAUGGCCUCAGGACUGAGAUUGGACCCACAGCUGCAGACUUCACAAAGCAUUUGGAACAAAAGAAGAAAGCUAAGCUACCAGCAGGACGGGUUGGUGCCAACUUUGACCACUCCGACUCAGUGUCACAUGACUGGUUACCUUCAUUUGGAAGAGUCUGGAGCAAAGGGAGGCGACUUCAGUCCAAGCAGCAUUUUGAAAAAGAAUGGAAGAAAGGUGGAGGAUCCUUAAACAAGAAAUAUUCCUCAACUAUCACCUCUAUAGUAAAGGACAAUUCAGAUGAACAUUUGCCAUUGAAUACUUCACAGAAACCUGCAUCAGCGGUUACUUCAUGUGGCGGCAUUGUUCCUUACAAAAGAAAAUUGGAGCCUGCAGCAAGUAAAAUUAACACUGAUUGGUCAGGAUCAGGGCAAUAUACCAAUCAGAUGUUUCCUUACAGAACAUCUGCUGCAUCAACAGCCAAUCAGAACGCUGGUUAUAAAAAUGUAACAGACUUCAAUGCAGUAAACAGGUCUGCAUUGGGAGACUCUGUUUUAACUGAAACAAGAAUAGAAAGUUCUAGUAAUUUCAUCACAGAUUCUACUGCUGUGCCUUAUAAGAGAAAGAGAAUAAGAGAGGACAAUCCAGCAUCAGUUCAUCUCAUACAAACUCCAAUUUUGUCAUUAGAUCCGCAUACAAUUACUAAGUAAGAGCAGGGAUCUGUGCAUUCAAAAUACGUCCCUUGUAAGAGAUUUUGAUCAUAGUAAGGGAAGUUAAUUAAGUCUUGGUGUGCACCUUGGGUCAAUGUCUUUGACCCAGAUCAAUGAAGUUCAAUACCAGGGCUCACUCUGCCAUUCACCAAAUUAUCCAAUGCCUACAAAUUGACCAAUGUCUACAAAUUGACAAAGUCGGCUUUAUUUAAAUUCUAUUUGGAGACAUGUGUUGUUGAUAAAUAUCCAUAAAAUAGUAAAAUGUAGUAUUUAUGUUCUGAAGAAUUUAUGCAAUAUCAGAAAAAAUUUGCAGACAAAAAUUGAAGCUAGGGGAAGCCCCCAAAACUGAAUGAAAUAUGUAACGUCUACCAUUAUUGUUUUCAUUUUCAUAAGCUUCUUGAAGAGGAAUGAUGGGUCAAGAGUAAGUGCUGUCCUAAGAUAGCUUUAUACUUCAUAUCUGGGAUGAAAACCAAAUUCUGCUAGAUUAUAUUGAAUUUGAUACCUUUAUACUUUAUGUAAAGGGUUGAAAAGUGCUAUUGAUUUAUGUUUUUUAUAAUUUAUCCUUCUAGGUUGGUGACUCUUAAAUACUCAAGUCUAUAUAUCAAUAUAUCAGUCACAAACAGGUGUAUCACUUGGAUAAACUUAAGUUAUUAUUUGGUUAUCUGUAUAUUGUAGCUUAUUAUACACCUAUUUAUUAUAUACCUGUGCACGUUUUCACUUGAAAGCUAAAAUUCAAUAAAAUAAUGCUAUUGGAUAAGAUUUCAAUAUUUAAGUGUGAAAUGUGUUUCUGUAUUUAACCGCUGAAUACUCAGUAGGCAUGUUUUGUAAAUAUCCAACAUAUUCUAAGAGACAAAAAACCUGUUUCUAUUAUUAGACAUGAUCAAGACUGACAUGUAUUUAUAAUACACAUAGUUUAUGUAUGUCUUUUAAAAUGUGAUUUGUUGUUCUUUUGUGUAAACAUACAGAUUUCAAAAAAGUUGUUUUCAAUAGUA